AUCAUUACUCACCACAAAGCUGCAGGAUGAAGCAGUAGAAACGUCCAGACAUCCAGAGCUAUUCAUUGAACAUCCAUCAAAUUGCCGGUAACACUUUACUUAUCACUUAAUCCUCCUCUCUGAGAGUUUCAUGGUAAAAGUUGACACGUGUUUGAGACCGGAAACUGGUGGUGGUGUUUCAAAUGUGACUGAAUAACUGGACACCUUUUCUGGAGAGUCGUUACAGUCCAUUUCGUCUCUCAACCUUGGUCAUAGAAGAGAUACUGAACAUAUAAAAGGCUGAGUCCAGUGUUCUCCCCAUUCCAUCGCCUGACUUCACAUUGUGGAAGGAAGUGGGGAUCCGAAGACGCUCAUAGAGACAGAAAAAAGACAACUCCAAGCAAGUGGAGACAGCGUAAUGACAAAGAUGGGUAAACAAGAGUGAGCAAGAAGGAAGAACUCCAUCUCAUCAAGAAAAAAGGGAAAACAAGUGUGACAUACGGUCUGACUCACAUCACAGGACUUAGUUUUCUUUCGAGACUGAUUUUUUUCACUUUUGGUAUUUUCCUGUCCAAAUGGAACCACGUGGACAUGCACACAUUUGGCUUCUAGUGUUAAUACUGUUGACUUGUUUCAUCCCCGGGGUCACAGCGGAGAAUGGGUACCAGACUCUAGCGCAUCAAAAUUCUAGACCCAACGCAAGUGAUCAUGGCCACUCUUCCGGCAUCAAUGGAAUACCCAUCGUGUCAUUUAAGUGGCAUCAUGUGGAGACCCCUUAUCUAAUUGCAUUAUGGGUCUUGGUUGCUUUUUUGACUAAACUGGUCAUUGAGGCCAACCAUCAUGUUACUAACAUAAUCCCAGAGAGCGCCCUGCUCAUUUGCUUCGGCUUCAUCCUCGGUGGCAUGAUCUGGGGUGCAGACAAGGUGCAGACCUUCAAGUUGACCCCGACCGUCUUCUUCUUCUACCUGCUGCCUCAAAUCAUCCUGGAUGCAGGCUACUUCAUGCCAAACAAGCUGUUCUUCAGCAACAUGGGGACCAUCCUGGUCUACGCUAUUAUUGGGACCUGCUGGAAUGCUGCUAGCGUGGGGCUCUCGCUGUGGGGAUGUCACAAGGGAGGAGCCAUGGGUGAUGUGAAUAUCGGCCUGCUUCAGUACCUUCUAUUCGGCAGUCUGAUUGCUGCUGUGGACCCGGUAGCUGUCCUCGCUGUAUUUGAACAGGUCCAUGUCAAUGAAGUCCUCUUCAUCCUGGUGUUUGGGGAGUCACUCCUCAACGAUGGUGUGACAGUGGUGCUCUUCAAUGUAUUUGAUUCAUUUGUCUCCCUGGGAGGAUCCCAAAUUGAUGCUGUGGAGAUAAUCAAAGGAAUAGUUUCCUUCUUUGUGGUGGCAUUCGGCGGCUCCCUACUUGGCAUGGUGUUUGGUUUGCUGCUCUCUCUUCUGACCAGAUGCACAAAGAACAUUCAGAUCAUUGAGGCAGGCUUCAUCUUUGUGUUGGGGUACCUCUCCUACCUCACUGCUGAGAUGCUCUCCCUCUCUGCCAUUCUUGCAAUUGUUUUCUGUGGUGUCAGCUGCCAAAAGUACAUCAAUGCAAACAUGGAUGAAAGGUCCAUCACCACAGUCAGAUAUGCCAUGAAGGUGCUCGCCAAUGGGUCAGAAACCAUCAUAUUUGUUUUCCUCGGUAUCUCAGCCGUUGAUAAGACAUUAUGGGUGUGGAACACAGGCUUUGUUCUCCUCACACUCCUCUUCAUCUUUGUAUAUCGCUUCAUCGGUGUGUUUUUCCUGACUUGGAUCAUGAACAAAUUCCGCCUGGUGCCCUUGGAGGUCAUCGAUCAGAUUAUCAUGAGCUACGGUGGCCUGCGAGGUGCGGUUGCCUAUGGCCUGGCAGUAAUGCUAGAUGGGAACAAGAUUGAGGAGAAGAAUUUAAUGGUCUCCACGACUCUGAUUGUAGUUUAUUUCACUGUCAUCCUUCAGGGAGUAACAAUGAAACCUCUUGUCACUUGGCUCAAAGUAAAGAGAGCUGCAGUGUGUGACAUCACACUUAUUGAAAAAUUGCAGAACAAGGUCUUCGAUCACAUGCUGGUCGCCAUCGAAGAUAUAUCUGGGCAAAUUGGACACAACUACAUGAGAGACAAGUGGAGUCAUUUUGAAGAGAACUGGAUGUCUAGAGUUUUCAUGAAGCCAUCCGCAAGGAAGAAUCGUGACUGUGUCUUCAAAGUUUUCCAUAAACUGAACCUUAAGGAUGCUAUGAGCUAUGUGACAAAGGGUGAACGCAGUGGAUCUCUGGGGUUUAUACGCAACGAAUCUGCAUUUGUUGACUUCAAGAAGUAUGAGGGGAAAUUCCCAGAGGUGAUGCCCGACAUCAUGGCUGACAUGGCAGAUGACCGUGGUGCAAUGUCCCCCAUGGGACGAGACCCUGUGCCAUCAGUGAGCUUGGAAAUGCAUGAGCAGACCAUAAAAGGUGUGAGGGAAGCAGAAGACAUCAGCAGCCACCAUCUGCUGCAGCAACACUUGUACAAAGGAAGGAAACAGCACCGGCACAGGUACAGCCGUAGUCAUUUUGAGGUCAACAAAGAUGAAAAUGAGGUGCAGGAGAUCUUCCAGAGGACCAUGAGAAGUCGUUUGGAGUCAUUUAAGUCAGCAAAAAUGGGUGUUGCUCCACCAAAGACGAUAACCAAGCACCAAAAGAAAGACCAGCAACAAAAGAUGUCCUCUGGAAAAUCAACUGAUAAAAGUAAAAGCUACUAUUCUGGUGAUGAAGAUUUUGAGUUCUCAGAGGGAGACAGCGCAUCUGGCUAUGAAGCAUCAAGAGACUCAGUCGCUACGAGAGUCACCUACAGAGUUGGAGCUGGAAUUGAGAAUCCAGCCUUUAUGCCAGAAAUGGACUCAAUGGCACCAAUGCAAAUCCCGCCGUGGUUAGCGGAGGUCGAGCUCGAUAGCAGCAUGGUGGCUCCUUCCCAGAGGGCUCAAGUGAGGCUGCCGUGGACACCCAGCAACCUGAGACGCCUUGCCCCACUACGUAUCAGUACUCGCUCCACAGACUCCUUCAUGCAAGCUGACACACCACCCACACAAGACAGGGAGGAAGAGGACUUUCCUCCGCCAUUAACACCACCGCCGCCGCCGCCGCCUUCUGACAGACAUGGUGGUCACAUGUAGCCUCCCUCUUCGUCUCCUUUAACGUGGCUGCCAAAGACAGAACAUUUACCUCAGACUUUGCACUGUCUCCUGUCAAAAUAUAGUCAAGGGAAUGUGUUUUUUCCCCCCUAGGAGACUGGUUAAGCUCAACCUCAUAUAACCUUUGUACUCUUAAUAUUUUGACCAAAUGUAGCUUCAUCGGCGGCCAACUGGUUAGCAGAUCUGCCUCACAGUUCUGAGGACUGGGGUUCAAAUCCCGGCCUUGUCUGUGUGGAUUUGCAUGUUCUCCCUGUGCCUGCGUGGGUUUUCUCCGGGUACUCUGGUUUCCGCCCACAUCCCAAAAACGUGUGGUAGGUUCAUUGAAGACUAUAAAUUGCCCGUACGUGUGAAUGUGAGUGUGAAUGGUUGUUUGUUUAUAUGUGCCCUGCGAUUGUCUGGUGACCAGUUCAGGGUGUACCCCGCCUCCUGCCCUCAAUUAGCUGGAAUAGGCUCCAGCACGCCCCCGAUCCUAGUGAGGAUAAGCGGUUCAGAAAAUGGAUGGAUGGAUGUAGCUUCAACUUCACCAUUUGCUAAAUACAUGUGGGAGAUGCAUGCAUGCACACUGGCAUGAUAUUUACCUAACAUGUUGAACAUUAUGAUAUAUGUAGUUUCAAGUGCAAAAUACACACACAACAUCUUGUCCAAAUUGUAGAGGCAUUUUUAAAUGGAUGUAAUAUGUACAGAUUUGUAUUUAUAAAGAGAAUCCAUUCCAACAAAGCGAUGCAAAGACGACAGUGCAGCAUUAAAUACAUUUUUAUCUGUAUUGCCUUAAACACACCAGCCCUGAAGAUUAAACAUGAAAUGUGAAGAGCUCAACAUCUAGCUGCCUUAAUGAUUAAGGCAUGUACUUAUUUACAAAUUAUUUUUUUGUAUUCAUACAGGAAAUUAAAUCUCAAAUAUCUGAAUUAUAGUCAGCAGGGGUUAUUUACUGUAGCUCCUACAAAGAAUACUUUGACCACUUAAAAUAUUGAACUGUUUGGAGCUGGAUGUUUCUUGUUUUUUUUUUUUAUUAAAAAGAGAAAAAAAAUGUGGA